UCUAACCACAAAUUAUCAUUAUUCAUUAUCCUUUCUUUCUUUCUUUCUUUCUGUCAAGUAAGCCAUGGAAACAACCUCUCUCUCUUCACACUUCAUUCUCACUAGACAUCUCAUUCCAUCAUCAAGAAGCCACAAACACAAACAAUUCUUACAACCCCAACAAAAUCAACACCAACUUUCUCUCAGAUUCAAAUGCAGCAGCAGCAACAAUGACAAUAGUAGUGAUUUAAACUCAUCAUCAUCAUCAGUUCAAGCACCAACUGAUUCAGCUGCUGUAGGAGUAAGGUUCAGGAGAAGGUCAUCAAGAAGACAAUCAAGAAAGCAAGAAAACAAUAACAAUGAUGGAGGUGUUGCUACAAGAAUGGGAAAUGUCAAAAGUGCCCCUAAGAAAAAAUGGGAGGAGAUGACAUUAAAUGAGAAGGCAGUGGAACUAUACAUGGGAGAAAAGGGUGCACUGUUUUGGCUCAACAAGUUUGCAUAUGCAUCAAUAUUCAUAAUGAUUGGUGCUUGGAUUUUGUUCAGGUUUGUUGGUCCUGCACUCAAUCUUUAUCAGCUGGAUUCUCAACCAUUGAACCCUUCUGAUGUAUUCAAGGGAUCUUAAUUAGCUUUCUUCCUAAUUUUGAAACAAAUGAAGAUUGGUUGUUUUAUCUUUUAUUAUCAUGUGUACUUUAAUUUUGUACCCUUAUUCAUAGGAAAAUUAAUCGUUGAGUUUAGACAUACAAAUAUAGAAACAAGAUUUCAAUUAGCAUUGCUGUUAAAUUGUUAAUUAUCUCGAGCAUGAUUAUUGAUUAGUAAA